AUGCUGUCCAGAUUCGUGAAGCGCCUGAGUUCGCGCCAGGAUCUCCGGGGAUGGAAGGAGAUAUCCUCACACAAGGAUGCCGCGCCAACAGCACCUGCCACGGCCACGGCAGAAUAUAAGAUUUCUCGCAAUCCAAUGGACGUCACUUAUGAGCUGCCUUCCACAAUGAAAGCGCAGUAUCUCGAUGAUUUCAACACCCCCUAUGUACUGCGGGACGGCGUGCCGGUGCCGGUGCCUACGCAUCCCUACGAUGUCCUAAUCCGGGUUGACGCCGCUUCUUACUGUCACACGGAUUUUGUGCUUGCGUCUGGCCGUAUGUCAAGCGUCGAGAAGCCUGUUUUCCCUCACGUGGGCUGCCAUGAGUUCUCCGGCACUGUAGUUGCUCUUCCUCCAAAUUCAGUUCAGGCGGAUUUCAAAAUUGGCGAUCGUGUCGGUGCCUCUUGUCGCCCCUAUCACGCCUGCGGGGAAUGUGUUGAAUGUGUCGAGGAGAGUACCCCUGAUAGUGAUCCAAAGGGGUCCUCUGUUCUGUGCCCGCUGAUUAAAUCCCAUGGUAUUGGAAUACCUGGUGGGUGGCAAGAGUAUGUACUAGUCGACUCGCGACAGCUGGCACUUAUUCCUCCGGGCCUAACGCAGGUGGAGGCUGCCCCAUUGAUGUGUGCCGGGGUUACCAUUUUUGCUGCAAUCAAAAAGACAGGGCUCAAGCCUGGGCAGCGCAUUGGCAUUAUUGGCUGUGGUGGUGGAUUAGGCCAUUUAGGCCUACAGUAUGCCACGGCGCUGGGCUUCAAAGUCUACGGAGUUGAAAAUUCUGAUAGACCACUGGCUCUCGCGAAAAGCUUAAAUAAUAUUUCCGGUGCAACUAUCGUGGACGCCCGCAUGACGACCGCUGCAGAAGCGAUUGCUUCUAUAGGGGUUGAGGAUGGACGCGCGAUCCCGGGGCAGUUCGGUCUAGAUGCGGUCAUCAUUUUAGCGGAGAGUCAAACAGCAUUUCAAUACGGAGUCGACAUGCUGAAGAAUCACGGCAAAUGUGUGGUGGUAUCAUUUCCUCCGGGUGGAUUCCACACCAGCUCGUUAGAUCUAAUUUUCCGAGAUAUCACGUUUGUUGGAAACGUAUCUGGAUCCAUCAAGCAGUUACGAGAAAUGACCCAGUUUUCAGCAAAGCACGGGAUCAAGGCCCAAAUGAAGAUCUUCCAGUUCGAGCAAUUGAAUGAGUUGGUUGAAACAUAUUUGUCAGGGCAUGGUGGGAAGUUGGUAAUAGAUUAUCACUUAUCGGACAACUCGCCAUCAUGA